AUGGAUCCCAGGGAGGAAAAGAAAUUCAAACAAACACUUCAGAUCAACAACUUUAAACUAGCCUUGUCCAGGUUUGAAAACUUGGUUGAACUGACAGCAGCCCAGAAAAGAGAGGAGAGAGCAGGCUUGUAUAUCCCAAAAGAAGAAGUAAUCGAUUGUGACAAGUUCUAUGAAUUGGUACAGCAAUUCUUUGGUCCCGAAGUGAAGAAUCAAGAUGUAAAAUGCUUUUACAGGAAACUCUGCAACAAGCCGAAUGCAUCUAUAGACUGGUGUGAGAUCUUCGGAUACUUCUCCACUGAAGAAGAUCCUCUUGCUGCCCAGUUGGAUGAAGAAAACUUGAUUUUCUUGGUGUCUAGAAAACAGCGAAUUGUGAUUUCAGGUAGUAGGAGACGAGAUGUGAUUAAGAGCAUCGUCAAGAUCCCUCAGUUGGAUUUACUAAUAACAGCUUCUCAGAAAGGAUUAAUAACAGUCUUUAACAACCAGAUGAAAGUUCAGUCCAGGACCAAUAUUACCGAUACCUCCUGGAUUACAGGAUGUGAUUACCUCGCUCAGCUGAAACGAAUUGUUGCCACUACAGAAAGGACCAUUAUUGUCUGGGACUAUAAAGCUCAAGGUAGUAGCCAGGACCACUAUUUUGUCAUCAAGCCCAUGGACCACUGCCUCCUGUGCGUGUGUGUGGUGACCCUGCCUGACCAGCUCUGCAGAGAUGAAAUCCUCCUGGGGGAUGAUGGCGGCUUUGUGAACAGAUUCACAGUGAACAGUGAUGACUUUGGGCUAAAGCAGGCGAAAACCAAAAAGAAAGUACAAAGUCAGAUCUUGGACUCCAAGAACUUUAAAAGUACUAAACGAAAGCUACAUAAUGACUGGGUUAUGAAGAUUCGAUACAUUCCAGCCCUAAAUUGCUUUGGAUCCUGCUCCUUAGACAGUGUUCAUUCAUUGGUUUUAGAAUCCUUGAAGAGACUUGAAGAUAAUUUGCCUGUCAGAGAAUUUGCUAUGCCAAGAGGAGCAAACACUUUUUGCUACUGUUUAAAAGCAAAUGUGAUUGUCACUGGAGGGGAUGACAAGAUCCUGCGAUUGUGGCACCCCAACAUCAGCACCAAGCCUGUAGGGAAGCUGGUGGGACACAUGUUCAGUAUCACUGAGAUAGUAACCAAUGAAAAAGACCAGCACGUCAUCAGCCUGUCCUCUGCAAAGGUUUUCCGAGUGUGGGACAUACAGACACUUUCCCUGUUACAAGUCUUCCACGACUCCCAGGGAGGACCAGGAGACAUGCAGAUUUACUCUAUGGUAUAUGAUGCCAUGCAUGGCAUGCUUAUCACAGGAUCCAGUGUUAUGGACAUGUAUCCUUUGACCAGGAUGGUACAAGACACAAAACAGAUUCCUCAUACUCAUGAAAGGGAAAUCAAUGUCAUGCUUUAUAACAAAAACUUCCACCAAGUGCUCACAAUCUGCUCUGAGUCCAUAAUUAAGGUUUGGGAACUGGAUACCGGCCUCCAAAUAUACCAUAUUCUAGACCCUCAUGGCUUUGGAGUUGAGCUGACUUGUGGUGAUAUUGGUGAAAAUGGAGUCCUUUUUGCUACAGGAGCAAGUAAUGGAACUAUUAAGAUCUGGGACUUCAUCAGUGGGCAGGAGAUCAAAGUGUUGCUGGAAGGGAAAGAUUGGAAGGAGGAAGAUCACUGGCUGCAGCGACUGAUUUUCCUCAAAGGCCAUGAGAAACAAAAGUAUCUGAUCCUUGCCUUGGAGUCUAACAAGACUAUCAAAAUGAUCCAGGGGAAGGAAGAGGACAUCAGCCUCACGGUGCUGUGGGAGCUACCUGAUGUCAUACCCUACUUGCAGUUGAGUAGCCACACUGUGCAUCUGAAGACUAAAGACAUGAAUGACACUAUUCCCUUCCACGCCGUGGAAUUAAUAGCUCAGAAAAGCUUUUCUCAAAAUGUUCGUAGUCCUGCCAUCAGUACUGAGGUAAACUGUAUUGAUUUAUUGGAAGCAGAAGGAUUUAAUCUGAUAGUUGCUGGAACCUUAAAUGGUAUGAUCAUCUUGUGGAAUUUUACAACUUCGUCUGUCAAAGAUGUGUACCGACCUGAAGACUGCUUCAAUGCAGACCCUGACUUGGAUCCCAAGCGCUACAGAAUUAAUGACAUACGUUUCCUCUUCCGCACUCCUGAAUGUGCAAGGAAAUUAAGUCAAGAUUCCAUAUGCUCUUCAACCCAAUGUGAUUCUAGCAAGGGUCCACAGAGUAGCAAGGGAAGCAAGCAAAGCAUACAUGAAAGUGAGGUUAAAGGUGAGCAAACAGACAAUGUCUCAGAGCAACAGGCAGCAAGCAAGAAACAUCUUGCAGCCACCACUAUAGUAGAAGCUCAGCCUCCUCUGCUAGUCACCGCAAAUGAGGAUGGACACCUCCGCUUGUGGACCAUGGAGGGGAAACUUCUAAAAGACAUGCUCCCCUUCACAAAACAUUCUGCCAUCUCUCUGACAUCGCUGUACACUGACUCCUGCAACAAGAUACUUCUGGCUGGAAACAUGGAAGGACAUGUUAUCCUUUGCAGUAUUGGUGCCUUCCUGGAUCCACCUCAUGAUGAAAAGAAAUUCAAGCAGCUGCUUUCCUGGCGUGCUCAUUCUUUAGAAAUUGUUCAAGUAGCCUACGUGGAAGACAAGCAAGUGGUGGUUACUGCUUCUGUGGAUGGCUCUGUGAGGCUCUGGCAUGCCGUCAAUGGUCAUUAUUGUGGAUAUUUUGGACAACGACGAGCUUUAGAUUUAACCAUGUCAAUGGAUUUCAUUUUGCCUUGUGAUAUAACUGAAUGUCCUAUAGAAAUCAAAGAAGAAAGCAAGUUCACAGAGAAGAAACAGAAAUAUGAAUACCCUCUGAUAUUUGACCGGGAAAGAUGGAGAAACAUGAGCUCAAUGUCUCUGCUCUUUAGACGUGCACCUCCCAAGGCCUUUGAAGUGGAACAUGAUUUUAAAUAUUUCAAGUCUCUUUCUUCUCCCAAGAUUCACAGGUGUUCCUUGGAGGGUUUCAUGACUGAAAACAGAGAGGCGGGGAUUGUUUUUGGUUCUCUUCCUAUAUAUAGGGUCCCAAGCCCCACUAGUCUAAGGUUCCUUCCACUGAUUGGUUCAGAAUCACAAAAGGAGACAGGAGAUGGAAAGAAGAAAGGGCAUGUAACACGGAAGAGGAGUCUGAAAAGAACUUUAGUCCCACAGAUAAAUCUGGCUGCUUCAUUCUUCCCCAUCAUGAACAAGUAA